AUGGACGAAAAGAUAGCUCGGCCGCUUGACGUUGUCAUCGACGGGCAUGAGAAGGUUUUAGCUUCAACAACCCCUGAGAGCCCUUUAGAAAGGUGGAACGGAACUCGUGCCAAUGCUUUCCGCUUCUGCGUGACGCUGCUGAGCUUCACGAUCAUGGGGAUGAAUGAUGCGGCAAUAGGGAUAGAAACCUACUACAACGUCACGUACACCGUUGUGGCCUUGCUGUUUCUCUCGCCAUUCGUUGGAUAUGUCAUUGCCGCGCUUUCUAACAACCUGAUUCACAACCACUUUGGCCAACGUGGUGUCGCCGUGCUAGGCCCCUUGAGUCGCAUCGUUGGCUAUAUACCUUUGGCCUUACACCCGCCGUACCCUGUACUCCCCGUUGUUCCCUUAUUCACCGGUCUAGGGAACGGGCUUGAGGACAGCGCUUGGAACGCCUGGGUUGGUAAUAUGCAAAAUGCGAACGAACUCUUGGGCAUUCUUCAUGGCGCUUACGGGGUUGGGGGAACUAUCGGCCCACUCAUUGCCUCUGCUGUGGUUACCAAGGGAGGUUGGCUCGUCACGUUUAUGCUUCGUGUAAGACAGGCGGAACCCUUCUUGACUGGCGUUACUGUGGUCCUGUUCUGGCUUGGACUGACGAUCGGUCGAGUGAUACUAGGUUUUAUCACAGGAAGAAUCGGAGAGAAACGUGCUAUUGCCAUCUACCUUGUGCUCUCCGUGGCCCUGGAGUUGCUCUACUGGUUGGUGCCUAGCUUCGUAGCUUCCAUUAUUUUUGUCACCUUCUUAGGCUUCUUUCUCGGGCCGCUGUUCCCCGCCGUCAUUGUUGCCGCCACCAAACUCUUGCCUAACGACUACCACGUGAGCGCGAUCGGUCUCGCGGCCGCUUUCGGCGGCGGCGGUGCAGCAAUAUUCCCGUUUGCCGUCGGGGCCAUUGCCCAAAGCAAGGGAGUUCAAGUACUCCAGCCCAUCAUUAUGGCUAUACUCGUCUUCAUCCUCGCAUUAUGGCUCUGCCUCCCUGGAGGUUUCAGACGUGGCGGGCUUGAGAGGGCGCGAGAGAGCAAUGAAGGACUUGGAAAUGACGUGCUCGGAAUUUUCCGCUGGAUGACGCAGAAGGUUCGCGGACCUCAGUAA